GUGCAUAGUUACACUAUGGCGGAGCAAUAUGAGCGUUUUAAACGUUUUGAAUAUCGUACGAAUUCAAACCUCGUGUUACAGCAUGACGGCCAUGUAUCAAAGGGUGCUGUCACUUCGGGCGAGCCCGAAUCUCUGGCCAAUAGGCUGAAAUACAAGAUGGGAGACAGGGUUGUUCAUUCCAAGCCUGCUGAUCUCCCUGCUAAAAAGCGCUCACAAGCGUCUGAUUCCAGUUCUCUACCCCUAAAGCAUAGAAGGACUCGCUUGGAUUUGAAGAAGGGCGAUUCUGUCUUGACUGUGGACAUAUCUGAUGUCAAUCACUAUACUCCAUCUUCUGUAUCCACUCGUGUGAAGUAUGAAGAGAUUCUAGGUAUCCUUCAGGAGUGUUUAACUGACCAGCCUCAUGACGUUCUUCGUGAUGCUUUUGGUGAGGUCAUGACACAUUUACGUUCACCUGGCUUGAAAUCUGAGGACCGUCGUAAGCUUUGUGAGGAGAUUCUGGGCCCUAUUACUGACGAUCAGUUUUAUCGGUUAUAUCAUGCUUCUAAGGACCUGGUUGACUUUGGUGACUCUGAUGCUGCUCCUGGCACUAACGAGUUCACUGACAACCCUAUGGGCAUAGCGGUUGUGUUUGACGAGGACGAGGAUGCUGAAUCCGACGUCAACAGUGUUGAUGAAGACUACCUUGAUGAGGACCACGACGAGUCUCACAUUCAAACUAUACGGCGUGAAAACGCCGACUUCAAUGAAGUUGACAAGUAUGACUUACCUAUAAGCAAGAUCGACCCUCACUGGUUACAGCGUGAGCUGAACUCUAUAUUCAACGACCCGAACAUCGCGGUUGCUACUGAGAAGGAGAUAUUAUCAUCACUUGGUAUUCCUGACGUCCAGGAGUGUGAGAACAAGUUAGUUCUCGUUUUGAAAUAUGAGAAUUUCGAGUUUGCGAAGCUUGUUCUAAGGAACCGUCACAAGAUCAUGUACUGCACUCGUUUGGGACAAGCUCAAACCGAUGCUGAGAAGGAGUCCAUAUACGAGGAGAUGCGUCAAUCUCCUGAGGGCACGGCAGUCCUGCAGGAACUUGAGGAAGUCCACCUUCGCCGCAACCGUGACCAGAAAAUGGCACUCAAUGUAACUCGUGAAGCAUCUAACUUAGCUCGUCAAUCGGCUAAACCUGACGACAGCGCUCUGCAGGACCUCGAGGACUUGGUUCCGGAGAACACCACUUCGGGAGACGUCAGCACUCCCAUUGAAGUGCUUGAUCUCGAUUCUUUGGCAUUCAAGGACGGUGCGCAGCACAUGACUAACACGAAGGUAGUGCUACCGCCUGAAUCGGAGCGCAUCGAACACCAGUCGUAUGAUGAACUCAUAAUUCACCCUCUGGAGCGACCUUCAGGCCUCGAGCGCCGCAGCAUAAAGACACUCCCCGAAUGGACCCAUGCGGCAUUCCCCGGUGUGGAUUCCUUGAAUCCCGUGCAAUCGGUGAUUGCCGAUGUGGCAUUCAACUGCUUUGAGGAAAACAUGCUGGUCUGCGCGCCCACGGGCGCUGGCAAAACCAACGUCGCCGUGCUUGCCAUGCUCAGUGUACUUGACCGGCAUCGCGAUGAAACGGGUAACCUAAAUCUCCACGACUUCAAGAUUGUCUACAUAUCGCCCAUGAAGAGUCUGGUUAUGGAGCAGGCGCAAUCAUUUUCGCAGCGUUUUGCGCCUUAUGGCAUAUCAGUUCGCGAAUUGACUGGUGACAUGAGUUUAACUCGUAACCAGUUGAUGGACACCCAGCUUUUGGUGGUUACCCCUGAGAAGUGGGAUGUCGUCACUCGCAGGAGCGGCAUGGAGAACAUAGUCCAGCUGAUAAUCAUUGAUGAGAUCCACCUUCUACACGAUCGUCGCGGCCCAGUUCUCGAGGCCAUUGUAGCCAGGACCAUGCAUAACGACCGUCGCAACAAGACCAAGACACGGUUAGUCGGUUUAAGUGCCACUAUGCCAAACUAUGGCGACAUUGCUGAAUUCCUUCGCGUGGACCCUGAAAAGGGCCUGUUUUACUUUGGGAACCACUAUCGUCCCGUGGGACUCGAGCAGCGUUACAUCGGUAUAAAGGAAAAGAAGGCGGUUAAACGCUACAAUGUAAUGAACGAGCUGGUAUACGAACGUGUUAUGGAAGACGCCGGUAAGAACCAGGUCCUUGUAUUCGUGCACAGCCGCAAGGAAACUGCACGCACGGCCAAGUUAAUCCGUGAUAUGGCCUUCAAAACUGACAAUUUAGGCAUCUUCCUCCAUAGUGACAGUGCAUCCCGCGAGAUUCUAUCCACUGAAUCCGAGGCCAUAAAGACCACUGAGUUAAAGGAACUGCUACCGUACGGAUUAGGUAUUCACCACGCAGGUUUACCUAGAUCAGAUCGCAAGUUGGUAGAGGACCUCUUCUCUGAUGGCCACAUACAAUUGUUAAUUAGUACUGCUACUUUAAGUUGGGGUGUCAAUUUACCGGCGCAUACAGUAAUUAUCAAGGGUACUCAGGUAUACUCCCCCGAGGAAGGAUGCUGGACUGAGUUAUGCCCGCUGUCCGUGCAGCAAAUGCUGGGUCGUGCAGGUAGGCCUCAGUAUGACAAGGAGGGCAAGGGCAUUAUCAUUACUUCACACAGCAAGUUACAGUUCUACCUGUCACUGAACAACCAGCAGCUACCCAUUGAGAGCCAGUUGGUAACUACGCUACCAGAUCUCCUGAAUGCUGAAAUAGUCCUCGGGAACAUUACUACCAGGAAUGACGCCGUUACAUGGCUGGGUGACACUUAUUUCUCGAUAAGGAUGCGUCGCGAGCCGCGGUUAUACAGUGUGAUCACUGACGACGACGAUGCGGAGCCCACUGAGGACAUGUUCAGUGCGCGUCUGGAAUCACUUGCUCACAGUGCUUUGCUGGAACUUGACAAGCAUGCACUAAUUCGGUACGAGCGUCGCAGUGGCGCUAUAAAGGCAACUCCGUUAGGCAGGAUCGCAAGUCUGUACUACCUUAAACCGCCCUCGGUAAAGACCUAUAUCGACAACCUGAAGCCUGAUUUGUCAGAUCCCGAUUUGCUGAAGGUAUUUGCUGCAAGUGCUGAGUUCAGGUACAUCCCAGUGCGUGACGAGGAACGUGUUGAGUUAUCUGGAUUAAUGGAGAAAGUGCCCAUCCCAAUCAGGGGACACGGCCAGGAGUCAUCUAGUAAAGUUGCCGUCCUCCUGCAGAGCUACAUAUCACGCUUCGAUUUGGAGGGAUACGCCCUGGUAUCGGAAAUGACAUUUAUAACCCAGAAUGCAGGCCGUAUUCUACGUGCGUUGUACGAAAUCGCGCUGACCAACUCCUGGAGCCAGUUGGCGCAGCGUCUGUUUGACUUUUGCAAGAUGGUUGAGCGCCGCAUGUGGUCCGUGAUGCUCCCGCUGCGCCAAUUUAAAUCGUUGCCCGAGGAGCUGAUCCUGAAGCUGGAGCGUAACGACUUUACCUGGGACCGUUACUACGACCUCAGCAGUGUCGAGCUUGGUGAGCUCUGCCGUCAGCCCAAGCUCGGCAAGACCUUGCACCGGUUGGUUCACCUGGUACCUCGCCUAGAGCUCCAGGUCUUCGUCCAGCCACUGACUCGCGACGUACUCCGCGUUGAGGUGGGCAUAUCACCGGACUUCCAGUGGGACCAGCGCUUACACGGCAGCAACGAGCGAUUCUGGCUCUUUGUUGAGGACGGCAGUGGCGAGAAAAUACUGCACAGCCAAAGUUUCGUGCUACCUGCGUUCUCCUCGAACGAGAUAAAGGAAACAUCUCUGUUCUUCACUGUCGAGAUAUCGCAUCCGCUAUGUUCACACUACUUCCUGAGGGUACUUUCAGAACGUUGGAUUGGCAGUUCAAGCAAGGUAUCUAUCAGCUUCAGCCGGCUAAUUCUCCCCGAGAAGGCACACCCGUUUACUGAAAUGAUAGACCAGCAGCCUAGACCCGUGUCCUCCUUGAUUAAUCUUCCCGGCAACUGCAUUCGCCUGAAUAAGCAGUUUUUCAUCAAGGCCUUUGGAGACCACCACUUUAAUGCUAUCCAGACGCGUACUUUUGAGUCAAUAUAUUCCCAGAGUGACACUGUACUGCUAUGCGCCCCAAGUCGCAGUGGCAAGUUUACUUGCGCCGAGAUCGCAAUCGUACGCUGCCUGUCCACCACUGAAAAUGCCACUGUAGUUGUCAUAUCACCAUUCAAAUCAGUCCAGCAGCAGCGUCUAAAUCGCCUGCGCCACAAAUUUGGCGAUAUAUGCCAGGUCAAGCCACUAGUGGGUGAUGUUAAAACCGAUCUCGUGACAAUAGCGCAAUCAACUAUCGUAGUUGCCACGCCCAGGCAGUGGGACUUUGUAUCACGCCGCUGGAAGACUAAACGCUGCCUCCAGUCAGUGGACCUAAUAAUCGUGGAAAACCUGGAACUUAUCGAGGACCCUACUGUAGGCCCCGAGAUUGAAGUGUCAAUCAGCCGCAUGAGGUUUGUGUCAGCCCAGCUGGGAUACCAUACGCGCAUAGUGGGACUCGGGGGACCAGUGUCAAACGCCCUGGACCUUGGUGCGUGGAUAGGUGCAAACGGUAACAACAUCUUCAGCUUUAGGCCAAACUCACACCGUACCGUGGGACCCAAAUUCACUAUCCAGUCAUUUGACCAGUGGGAUGACGAAACACGCAGGUUUGCCAUGUUCAACACCGUUUGCAACUUCGUGAUCAACACUUGCAGGACCCUGGAUGACGAUCAGCAGAGUGCCAUUAUAUUCACGGUCGAUCGCAGGUUUGCCAGGCUAAUGGCCAUGGAAAUGCUACUAUCACUGGAGUAUACCGGGGAAAGCUUAUCUGUGGCAGAACAACUCACUGGUGAAUGCUGGGAGCGUCUGUCCACCAGAGAACGUGCUCUGGGUACCUUGGUACAGGCUGGAGUAGGAUACUGCCAUGAAGGCUUCAGCGACGCCGAGAUACGGUAUAUCCAGGACCUGUACCAACGAGGAGUGAUCAAGGUACUGAUAUGUACCGCCUCGGCUAUAUGGACAAUGUCAAUAUACGCGCCAGUGGUGGUCAUAGCCGACAUAACCGUGUCGGCCACCAAUAGGCCAAUAUCGCAGUCAAUGUACCCGCAGACUGAUCUUACCCGGAUGUUAUCCUGUGCCUACGUAUCGGAUGACGCCGCCCACAGGCCUCAGGCACUAAUACUCUACGAAAGCAGCAAGCGCAGGCAGCUCUAUAAACUACUGGAAGACGCCUUCCCCGUGGAAAGCUGCCUGGAAAACCGUAUAGAAGAGCUGAUCAACGCUGAAAUUGUGCAAGGCGCUAUAGAAUCACCCCAAGAUGCCAUAGACUGGCUUACGUGGACGUUAUACUACCGGAGGCUGACUAAGAACCCUAACUACUACUCAAUGCAGGGCACGAGCGCACAGCACAUGAGCGACCACCUGAGUGAGCUCGUGGAAUCCACGUUCGCUUCACUCGAGAAGGCCCAGUGCGUGUCAAUGGACGACGCGGGAGUUACACCGCUUAACCUGGGAUACAUCGCAGCAUUCUACUACCUCCGGUGCCGCACCAUCGACACCUUCGCUACCUCCGUUACCCCGGACAUGACCAAAGGGUCACUCAUACAGCUAGUGUCCACAGCGGAGGAGUUUGUCGACAUUAAACCAAGGCCCGGUGAAAGGAUAGGCACUAAGGCACUGGAGCCUGACAAUAAGGUUAGCGAGUUGUUAAUCGCCCAUAUGCAGAGAGCUAUGUUGACUAACGAUUUGCAAAGUGACCUUUGCCUAGUGCUGGAGCGCAUAGGCGCCUUGCUAUGUGCACUGGUUGACGUCCUCAGCAGUAACGGGUGGUUGGGUCCAGUACUGCUGGCAAUGCAACUAAGCCAGCGUAUAGUGCAGGCCCUAGGAUUCAACGACAGCUGCUUGCUGCAGCUGCCCGGCGUAGGGCCCGCGUGGAUAGAAAAGUGCAACGCCUCGGGAGUACAUGACAUAUACGACCUUAUGGGCAUGGAAGACGAGGAUAGGGACGCGCUGCUAUCGGAGUUUACCACGCAGCAAUGCGCCGCCAUAGCCAACAUGUGUAACGCAGUACCAGUGCUCAACGUGGAGUGUAGCCUGGGCGCCGAGCAAGCGGCGCCAAUGGAAUCCGUGAGACUCACGCUGCAAAUCGAACGCGAGGGCGAUGUAGGCACUGUACACGCGCCACUGUUCCCAGUGGAACGCAUCGAGCAGUGGUGGAUCCUAGUUGGCGACCUGGAUUCUAAACGGGUACUGGGAAUUAAAAGAGUAACGCUACUGGACAGUGUUAACCAGGUUAAUAUCGAUUUCGAGGCGCCAAACAAACUAGGAAGCCACGAGCUGAGUGUGUACGUCGUAAGCGACUCUUACGUCGGUACCGACCAACAGCAGAGUAUAUCGCUACACGUACGAAGCGAGUAACUGAUUGUAAUGUAUAUUUUAGACCUAGUA